UCAAAUGUUGACACAUGACAGUUGAUGGUGUCUGUGUUCAAAGACCGAAUUAAAUCUGAUAAAACGUGUCAACAAACAGUCCACAAGACACAAAAACAACAGUGAUAAGCGAGUUAUGGAAUUAAUUAAAACACCUAAAGUCGAAAAUGUGCGAAUGUUGGAUAGAUUCUGCAAAACCCCAUCGUUGGGCACCCUCUACCUCACGGCGACCCAUUUGAUUUUCGUCGAUCCUGACGCAAAAAAGGAGACAUGGAUCUUGCACAUGCAUAUUGCCAACGUUGAAAAGUUGACGCUGACUACAACAGGAUCGCCGCUUUUAAUCCGUACUAAAACAUUCCUGUCUGUUACUUUUGUGAUACCUAAAGAGAGGGAUUGUCAUGAUAUUUAUAUCAGCCUUCAGCAACUAUCCCAACCGAGCAAUAUUGAGGAUUUGUAUUGCUUUACUUACACGUCGCCUACAGAAGACAUCCCUAAAGCUACAGGCUGGGAUUUUUUCAACCUUCAGAAAGAAUAUGAACGAAUGGGGGUUCCAAAUGACCAGUGGUGUGUGACCAAACUUAACACUGAUUAUGAGUUAUGUGAAACUUAUCCCAAAUAUCUCAUUGUUCCCGUCUCUGCCAACAUUACAACUCUGAUGGGUAGUUCCAAAUUUCGCUCAAAAGGACGUUUACCAGUUCUCUCUUAUUUACAUCACAACAAAGCUAGUAUUAGUAGGUGUAGUCAACCUUUGUCAGGUUUCAGUGCUAGGUGUUUGGAAGAUGAGAAAAUGCUGAAUCAUGUCUUGAGGACUAACCCCAAUUCAAAUUUUAUGUACGUUGUUGAUACACGACCAAAGAUUAACGCCAUGGCCAAUAGAGCUGCUGGGAAAGGAUACGAAAACGAAGCGUUUUACGAAAAUAUCAAAUUUCAGUUUUUGGGAGUUGAAAACAUUCACGUCAUGAGGAACAGUUUAACCAAAGUGGUUGAAACUUGUGAGCAGAAAAACCCAACAAUGAACAGCUUUUUGAGCGGUUUAGAAUCAAGCGGUUGGUUGCGUCACAUAAAAUCGAUUUUGGACACUUCUUGGUUCAUCGCACAAGCUGUCGAAGACGGCAUAAACGUCGUAGUGCACUGUUCAGACGGCUGGGAUCGUACAGCACAAGUGUGUUUUUUAGCAUCUUUGCUAUUAGAGCCUUAUUACCGUACAAUAACCGGAUUUCAAGUUUUAAUCGAGAAAGAUUGGUUGGCCUUUGGACAUAAAUUCUCAGAGCGUUGCGGCCACAUCCAAGGUGACAGUAAAGAAAUUUCCCCGGUUUUCACCCAAUUGUUGGACUGCACGUGGCAGUUGAUGCAACAGUUUCCUUCAGCGUUCGAAUUCAAUGAGAAAUUUUUGCUGACUUUGCACGAUCAUGUCCACUCUUGCCAAUAUGGGACUUUUAUCGGAAACAGCGAGAAGGAGAAGAACGAGUUGCGAUUAUCCGAAAGAACGUACUCAUUAUGGGGGUUCAUGGCAAGUUGUGUGAACGAAUUCGAUAAUCCGUUAUACGAAGCCGGGGAAUUUCCCGGAGUUCUAGUGCCGGUUUUAAUCCCCCAGAACAUAACGUUUUGGAGAGGGAUGUAUUGCCGGUUCGAGUCCGGGGUGCAUCCACGUGAGCCCCAAACUGAUUUAUUAUUGGCUACAGUGAAUCACACACAUUCUUUGGACGAUCAUAUCAAGUAUCUGACGAAACGAAUUUCGUCAAUGAAGAGUUUCAUUGCUAAAGCUGUGGAGAAUAAGUUUAAUAGAGUAAAUGACAGUCGAAGUCGGGAAACCCCAACUGACAAUCGCUACUAUUAUGAAAAAACACGCGAGUUGGAGGCUGCAGACCACGACCAUCCUCUGAAGGAAGCAGAGAGUAAAGAAGAAGCGCCCUCUAUCACUGCAGAAAACUUGUCAAAAGACUUGGAAUCAGUGGCUCUCGAUUGGAAAUCAUUACGUAACACUCACGAGUGUAUUUGCUCGUCUUAUUUCGAUCAAAUGAGUAAAAAAACGCACUGUCGACGGUGCGGUAAUAUUUUUUGUACGAGAUGUAUAACGAAAAAAACGAUACUUCCGGGGCAUUUGGAACAGAAUAAUGUUGCAGUUUGUAAACCUUGUUACGAAAUUCUAGUCAAUUCGACUGAAACAAAUUAAAGUUGGUUGUUUUCACUAUUUAUUUUUUUUAUUUUUUGCAAAUAUAGCUUGCACUGGGUGUAAAGAUUCUUAGUUUAAUAAUAUUAAUUAAUAAAAUUAUUAUUUACAGGAA